AGACGCAAGCAGAAGUGUGUUGGCUUCCCGAUAUGCACAGGCUGUGAAGCUGCAGAUCAGCAAUGCCUUCGGUCGGAAACAACUCUGUCAUGGCACCAUGCGAUGUCUAAGGAUGCACUUGUCCAGCGGAUCGAGCUGCUCGAGUCUAAACUGGCUGAAGCUGCUGGUCCAUCAUCCGAUAUCUAUGAUGCCACCAAGCUCACUGGGAGGCCAUCCCCUGCCCUGUCCAUGGACGAGAAUAGAAGCGACACUUUGCCUCUUGUCAGCCUUGUGGACUCCAAAUCGACAUACCUGGGACCAUCAUCAGGUAGGACUAUUGCCAACAGCCUAGGACGCAUAGUGCAAGACGCAACUUGGACAAAUUCUAUCCCCGUCGAGACAACUCAUCCACUCGACAGUCCAUCUAGUCCUGCGGAUGAAGUUGAGGCAGCACUUCCAGACGAUGAACUAGGGAGUCGUAUCCUUGAAGCGUAUUUCCAGAACACGCAUGUGCGUUUGCCUUUCGUGGAUCGCUCCAAAAUUCUCGAACUUCAUGCCACACGAAAUCUAUCAAAUUUCACAACUCCUGAGAGCGAGUUUGAUCGCUUUAAACUAUUCAUGGUCUAUGCCAUCGGGACUGCCAAUCUACAGAUGACCGGGUCAUAUACCGGGAUUCAACCAAUUGCAUUCUUUGGAAAAGCACUUCGAUUCGAUUCCUCAAUCCGCAAAUCCUUGUCUUUGGCCGGAGCAGAGGCAAUGACCCUCCUUGUCCUCUUCAACUUACGGUCGUCAAACGCUUCCAAAGUAUGGUACAUGAUAGGAUCAGCUAUGCGGAUAUGUAUCGAUUACGGUCUCCAUCGAGAAGCCCAUUAUGCGAAACAAGGACCGUUCGAAGCACAGCUGCAUCGUCGGCUUUUCUGGAGUAUUUACAUUCUCGAGAGAUACUCUUCAUGGUCUUUGGGGAGGCCAUUUAGCAUUGCAGAGGAGGAAAUCGACGCCGAUUUACCAGCCGAUCUUGAUGACUCCAUUACCGAUGACGAUGUGAUUGAACGUCUUCUGUUGAGCCCUAGUGACCCGUCUGAUCAAGCACCCGGUCCAAAUUUAAGACGGUUUAUCUCAUGCGUCAGACUUCAGCGGAUCAUGUCUCGCAUCCAUUUUCGCGUCUAUCGAGUAGAUGUGGCCCCGAGUACACUGGUGCCGGAGAUAUCUCCGCUUCUUGCUUCUUUGGAGGCGUACAAAGAGUCUUUGCCAAGUAUGGCACCCGAUGAAACAGAUUUUGUCAACAUGCACUGGAAUAACUCCGUGCGAAUGCUGUUGCAGCCCUUCCUCAAUAUCCUACCGCCUCACGAUAACCUUAUCGCGAGUUGUCUUCACGCAUCGGGCCAGAUGUGCCAGUUGUUCAAAAACCUUCGACAACGGGAUCCAUCAGGUUACUCUUUUCUUCUGGUCAAUGGGAUCUUCAUGGCUGGACUCACUAUGUGUUUCUGUCUCUUCCGAUCACCGACCCUACUAACGGGUAGUGUAUCAAAUGACUUGCGCGCUGCAUCAUCUGCCCUGUUUGUCAUGGCAGAACGAGAUUCGAAUCUCAAGAAAUAUCGAGAUGCGUUAGAGGCAUUGAUAACGAGGACGAUGCACUUCGUCAAUGGCUCGGACAGCACGAAUAACUUGGACAGCCAAACCAGUUCAAAUAUGGAUAACCAUACGCCUGAAUUUGGGCAUACCUCCGAUAACUCACUAGGACCUUUUCCAUUCAAAGAGCAGGAUUACACAUCUAGUCACAUACGAGGGUACCAAGGACCCGGAUACGGCCUAGCUGCAAACAUCGGCUAUCCUCUCCAUGACAUUCUCACGGACGAGUUCUGGACGGGCGAUCCAUUCAUGGCCAUGAACAUGGCUGAUCGACUCAAUUUCGGCAUCUGAGCCUUCAAGAUGGGGAGUUUAUCGUAUAUAAGAAAGCCAAUUACAAAUGACAUGCCGCCAACGUAUCCACAAUCCCUAGAUCCUCCCGCCUCGACUUGCUUAACGGGUCAAAAAACGGCACCUCUCCAACGCCAACAGCACGAUUUCCACUCCGUGCACCAAACCCGUCAUGAUCCCCAGUAGCCGUAUGGAACACACUUCGGUUAUCCCAGAUAGCUACACAGAGUUAGCAUGAUUCCGACCCAUUCAAGCUGAAAGACUUACCAAUAUCAUUUGGAUCAUUCCAUUUGAAUCUGACUUGCAGAUCGUGUCCAUAGG